AUGGCUCGCAAACCAAAUAUUCUAUCUGGAAUCUCCCCUGCCCCACGAGGAAUCCCUCAGCUUGAGGUGACCUUUGACAUUGACACCAACGGCAUUCUGAACAUAUCAGCGGUGAGCAAGGGCAAAGAGAACAAAAUCACCAUCACCAACGACAAGGGGCGGCUCAGCAAAGAGGACAUUGAGAGGAUGUUGCAGGAUGCCAACAAAUACAAAGCUGAGGACAAUGCACAGAGGGAGAAAAUUGCAGCCAAGAACUCCCUGGAGUCGUACACCUUCAAUAUGAAGAGCAGCGUUGAGGACGACAACCUAAAAGGCAAGAUCAGCGAGGAGGACAAGAAGAAAUUGGUGGGCAGGUGCAACCAGGCCAUUUUCUGGUUGGAGAACAACAAAGGAGCACGAGCUUCAUUCAUCAUUACCAAGCUGUACCAGCAAGGAGGGAUGAACACCGACACGGUCUAGCUCUGGUGCCAGCUCCCAAGGCUCAACCAUUGAAGAGGUUGACUAAAGUGAGGGACUUGUAUAAUGGACUUUUCAAAAUGCAUUAGUACAGUAUCACUGAAUACGUUUUGCUGUUCAGGAAAUACUCAUUUCUACUGCUCGACAUUAUAAUGCCCUUUUAUGGCUCAGAGCUAUUCGGGAAGUGUUUAUGUAUUGGUUGAACU